CCUACUCAGCACUUGAUGUCGCUUUCUUCACGAAUCUACGAGAAUUUUCUACAAACUUCUCGGGGCGUCUCGGCGCCAGGGGGCGCGCUCUCGGCCGGUAUAAAAGCGGCGCAGCGCGCGGCGGACGCAGUAAACAAACGCGAUACACUCGAGCGAAGAGAACGAGAACCGAGCAAGAUGUCUCUGAUGCCGUACUGGCUGCGACACAUCCGCAACUUGGCACACCGGGACCCCAUCGUCCGGGCGCUGGAGGACCCCUUCGCCGUUUUCUCGAGAGACCCCUUCUUCCGGGACCCCAUAAAGUACAUCCGGCACGCGACCGCACCGGCGGACCACGGGAUAGAGGGCGUGUACUCCGACUCCGAGGUGAAGGUGGACGGCCAGAAAGUGGAGGUGCACCUGGACGUGCAGAACUUCGCGCCGGAGCAGAUCGAGGUCAAAACUGUGGGCAACGAGGUGACGGUCGAGGGGAGGAGGGAAGUGAAGCGGGAGGGGGGUUGGACCAAGUCGCACUUCGAGAGGCGGUUCCUCCUGCCUGAGGGCUUCCCGCCGGAGCGCGUGGAGUGCCAUCUCGACAAGGGCAAGCUGCGGCUGGUGGCCUUCCGAGCUGAACCCCUCCAGGAGAGGGAGAUCCCCAUACAGGAGAAACCCGCUGACGGCGGCAGUUCCGGCGACAAGUGAAUGUAACCUUUAGGACUAUUUUUUUAACAGACUGACUAGGCUAUGUUAUGUAGUUGUUUUAUGAUUUCGAAUAAAUUGUUGUAAAUUAUCUA